ACACCAAUGGCUCUUGUCAGCAUUUCUUACCAGCCUUUUAACGUUGGUAUAAAAAAUUGUGAAAAUGCUUAGUAAAGGCGAUGAUCUGAUUUAUUGCCCAAAACCGCUUGAAUAUAAGUCCACGGUCUGUUUUAAUUUAACAUGACACUUAGUUAUAUGAGAGAUCUUUUUAAAUUAAACAACGUUUCAUCAUAGGGAAGUAUAAUACGUUUUGCACCCCACUUUUUAAUUAAUAACUUUACUUAAUAUGGUUUUAUCUGAAGCGUGUUUUAACAGCUGUCGGGUUUUGUUGUUAUUUUUUCUUUCUUGGUUGUUUUUUUUAUCUUCGCCAUCUUAUAUUUUGGGGCAACGGCUCUAUUUUGGCCAAUAUCCCAAGUCCGUUAGCGUGCCCCGCUGUAGAACUGCUCCCAUAUAUAGAAUGAAAUAGUAUUAGAAUAGAAAAAUAAAAUUCACGUUAAAACCGAAACUUGAAUGGCCACUUGAGAAAUGCUUUGCCAGCAAAUUAAAAUAACUUUUUAAUACAUACGUCACGUACCGUCGUUAGCGUUGAAAUGAUUAAUCUUCGUCACAAUUUGUGCACACGAAAAAGGUCGUACCGCAUACCCCUGGGCACCGCAAUUUAUAAAACAUGAUACGGACGGUUAAAAUAAGCUGGUCUGAUCGAUAUAACGUCAAGUUGGUUUGUUUUAGUAGCACAGAGAGGCCAGUAUAUGGAGCACAGCAGUGGCAAAAUUUAAAAAAAUAUCGAAAGUGCUCGGGCAUUUAACAGAUGAGGGAUUUAAGACAAAAUAUAAAUUAUAGAAACAUCGUUGAAGAAUAUUGUUUUCGUUUAUAAAGCUCUGUGAUUUCGUUUCAGGUUAAAAUAAACGCUAAAACAAAAAAACAUGAAUUUAUUUUUGCUCGCGAUAUGUUUAGUGUCGUGUGCAUCAGGUGCGCAUAUAUCUAUGGUGAACAGGAAUAACUUGGAUUCGGAAAACGGGAUAACUGACGUAUUGCCAACAAGUGUAGCCACAACUGAAAAACCAAAGUGUGCGACAACACAAUCCGUAACAACAAGAAGACGUGUUGUUGUUACGAAAAAGAUAAAAACCAACAACGGAACUGAGAUAACAGUAACAACGGAUAGAAUAACUACACCUACAAACACAACUACAGUAACAACAACGACGACAACACAGCCAACAACAACGGAAACUACAACACAGUCAACAACAACUACGACUACCACACCUGUUCCUACAACAACAACUACAACACAGCCAACAACAACAACAACCUGUCCCAACAACAACGACCACAACACCUGCCUCUGCAACAACGACGACAACAACAACAACCAGAAGAACAGAAGCACAACGAAGAAGAACACACGUAGCAUCUACUCCAACUGUCAAGACUGUAUGUAGUUCAUAUUGCCACUGGAGUUUAACAACGAGGAAGUUCAUUGGGGGUUGCCAUCAAUCGAGACGGAGAAUGCUGUGCUUCUUCUGUCGAUACAAGUACAGAUGUGGAGCCUUCUCCGGUGUGUUUGCCGGAUAGUGACGUCAUAUAUGACGACAUAUUUAAUGACGUCACACAACAUAAGCAGCAUGUACUGUACAAAAGGAUACCAAAAGUCAACCCAUUGUCAGAAUAUUUAGCGAAGAGAAAUAUCCGCCCAAAAUUCUCGCUAAUGAUAUGCUGGACAUCAAGAUAAUUAAGUUAAUUAAAGCGAUUAACGUUCGCAAAGAUGCUUUUAUUGCAAGGCCGAUAUUUAUUUCUCCGAAAAAUCAUAUUUAUCGCUAAAUUUCCGUCUCCGACCGUAGAUUUUUAUUUUAAUUAAAUGCGAAAAUAGAACUGGGCAUCAUGAAAGAAUAUUAUUGGACUUUGUGUCGUUAUUCUGUUGGCGCUUUUUUACUCUGAAUUUUCUCUUUAACAUCGUUAUUUAUUAUCGACAAGUAUGGUUCGCGCCUUGUGCUAACAGGUACAAUUGACGUAGAUACAACGUCAUGAUCGUUUAACUUUAACUUUAACUUGUUUUCUGCUCACUUUCAAUGCUAUACUUCAAAAUAUGCUGCCUCAAAUAUACGUUUUUUGGUGUUGUCUAAAUUAUAGUAAAUACAACUACAAUGUA